GAAUGAAGGGCAUCCUUGUCUUCGCGGACGGACCUGCCAAAUCCCUCAGGGACACCUGUCAGCCAGACCUGUCGUCAAACUUCACUGGUGCUGCUUUCGUGGAUGGUCCGACUAGAGCCGUUGCGUCUUGUCUCAUCCCGCACACCGACAUGUUGCGAGGUGAGAACCAGAUGGUUUUCAUCAAGCGACUCACGUUAGGUGACCGUUACCCAGAGAACGCACCUCAACUUCCGCUGCCAGGCGAUGAGGAGCAGACUGUAUAUCUCAAAGAUAAACAGGAAAGAUGACUCAAUGGCUGGCCGCUCCAAGUCAAGGUCCUUGAUCCUAGCGCAUCUCCACAGCUCUACGCUUGACCUUUAUGGGCCCCAACUAACGGCCUGAGUCAUCGGCGAAAACAACACCCUUUUAACCACAAACUUACCAGCAGUUACUGUCUGCUGUAACACACUCCACAGUUCUACAAUUU